ACAUGCGUGAUAAGGAAACCGCAGGAGAGAUGAGACCUGAGAAUUCCUAUUCCUGAUUUUCAAUAAACAUAACGAUAUUAAAAAUAUCUCUCUUCUUUUUCUGUUAUUUUCUGUUUUCUAUUAUUUUACACUCCAAACAUUGUGCCAUUCGGGUAAAAAUGGAAGUCGGGAUCACGAUAAAACGUGAGAAAUAAAUGUAUCGAUACACUUACAAAGAAUUAAUUUUAAAAAAAUUAAAAAACUUCAUUAAAAACUCCAUUUCGCCAUUUGGAAAACUAUGGUAACUAUCAGUAGAGAUUUCGUCCUGGAUUAUGACCACAAAUUAAGACCGGCUCCAUCUACAGAUGGAACGUGUGUUGCUCACCUCUUUUGUUCUUCCCUAUGUCCUUGUUGAUGUACUUGGAAAGCGAACAAUUUAACCAUAACUCAAUCUUCAAGUGUGGAUCCGAAAAUUCUGAACUACGUGUACACUUUCCCUCAUCGGCCAGUGAUUUGAAUGAUAAAAACGCUACAUUUGAAAAAUCCCUCUCAUACCACCUAAUAAUAAAUUGUUCCUGA